AUGGCUUUCUCAUCCUCGUCGACCACGUCUGUGAUCGAGAUGGAGCCAAUUCGGCUGGCACCGUCUCCAAAGACAUUAGGACUUGCCUCUUCACCGCUUCCUACAGAAUUGAUGCGCCAUCACGAGUCGACAGCGGCGGCAGCAACAUCAGCAACGGCACCAACUGACGACGAUGAACUUCCUCCGCCUAGUAUUGCGACCAGUAUGGUACAGCGCUGGAACUACCCCCGUAGAAACGUUCCAAAGGUUGCAGCAUGUUUUUGGAGCUUUGUUGUAAUGGGCGCCAAUGAUGCCGCAUACGGUGCAUUAAUUCACUAUAUCGAGGGUUACUACAACUUGACUUACCUGAUUGUUUCAAUGAUCUUCCUUUCGCCAUUCGUCGGUUACACCUCUUCGGCCGUGAUGAAUAACUGGAUUCACCACAAAUUUGGUCAAAGAGGCAUCGCUGUCAUUGCUCCCAUCUCCCAUCUAAUCGCCUACCUGAUUAUCGCCUUGCACCCUCCCUAUCCAGUGCUGGUCGUGGCCUUCAUGAUUGCUGGAUACGGCAAUGGCCUCGCCGACGCUGCAUGGAAUGCUUGGAUUGGUGCCAUGGCCAACGCAAACGAGAUAUUGGGCUUCCUACAUGGUCUUUAUGGCUUCGGUGCCGUAAUAAGCCCUUUGGUUGCUACGAGUAUGGUGACCAAGGCCAAUCUAGAAUGGUAUACGUUCUACUAUGUGAUGGUAUCUCUCGCCUGCCUAGAGCUCGUCACUUCGAUAGCUGCAUUCUGGAAGGACAAUGCCGCCAUGUAUAAAGAGUCCAUCACUAGCCACUCGGGUGAAACUCAGAAGGGAUCGCUGCGGGAUGCACUGAUGAAGCAGCCUUCAGCACGCGUCACCUGGCUCUGCGCCUUGUUCCUUCUUGGCUAUGUUGGCGUUGAAGUUGCUCUAGGAGGGUGGAUUGUAGUUUUCAUGAUCCAGGUCCGACACGGUGAAGAGUUUGCCUCUGGUAUGACGGCCACGGGAUUCUGGCUCGGCCUCGCCAUCGGGCGCUUGAUUCUCGGCUUCGUGACCCCGAGGAUAGGAGAGAAGCUGGCCAUCACUAUAUAUCUUCCCAUUGCCAUGGGACUGGAACUUCUCUUCUGGUUAGUUCCCCAGUUCGUUGUAUCGGCAGUAGCAGUUGCACUCCAAGGGUUCUUCCUGGGCCCCCUUUUUCCGGCCGUUAUCGUAGCCAUGUCCAAGCUGCUCCCACGACAUCUGCACGUCGGCGCCAUUGGGUUCGCGGCUGCGUUUGGUGGGAGCGGCGCGGCCGUGCUGCCUUUUGCCGUCGGCGCCAUUGCCCAGGCCAAGGGUGUGCAAGUCCUGCAGCCCAUCAUUCUGGCACUUCUCGGCGUCAUUCUCAUUCUUUGGUUGGGUCUGCCGCGUUUCGGAAAGAAGAAGGAGUAA